CCGCACUCCCGCGCGCGCGUCGCACGCGCCCGCCCGCACGCGCGUAAACGCGCCCGCACGCGCGCACGCGGCGCGCACGCGCGCGUGAACGCGCGCGCACGCGCGACGCGCGCGACCGAAGCCUCGACGAUUGACGCCGCGAUGGGUUCGAGCGACGACGCAAAGUCGCGCGAUGCGCGCGAACGCACGAACAACUUCAUCCGAAUCCAACACUCGGCGCACAUCCCGGUCGGCAUGAACUUUUUGCGCGACGCCGCGCUGGAGAUGAUUCCCGAGGGCGAUCGAGGCGCGGUCGGGGACGUGAUUCGCAUGGUUCGGAGCUUGUUUCACUACGGCGCCAUGGAAAAACGGGAUCGAGUGAAGAAGGAUUUCGCGCUGGCGAACGUCAAGGUGGGCGAAGAAAAAAGCGUGGGAUACGAUGGCGCGCGAUUGAACCCCACGGCGUUCGAGGCGGCGAGCGUGGAUUUUGUGGGGCAGUUUUGUACGAUGAUGGCGGACGCCGAGUACACGUUGUUGACGCAAAAGGAAUGGGAGUUGGCGAGCGCGGAGGACUUUUUGUUCACGCUACCCGUGCACGUAGAUUGGUCCUGUCACGAUAAAGCGUUGCUGAAGACGUUUUUGAGCAAGAAUCCGGCGCUCGCCGCUGGGUUGUCGCAGUUUAGCGAAAGAGCGUUGGUGUUCAAGCGAGGCACGGGCCUCGCCAAGGCGAAGGGGUUGUUCAUCAUGCAAAAGAUUGAGAUGCUUCUCAGCAUGCUCAUCAAAGAACCACUGUUGGCAAUUCUCGGGCAGAAGCAACCGGUUUUCGUGAACGCGAAUUCGAGCGAUUCGAAGAAGACGUUUGGAGACGGGAAGACGGUGGAGGACAGAAACGCAUCUGUGAUAGAACGUCUGACGCUGCGAAGGUUGAUGCCGAACAUCUUCGUCCUCUUUCGCAAAUUAUUCUCGACGUUAGAAAUUCAAGAGCCAACUUUCAAAGAAGUCGUGCUGCUCUAUCGCAUGGCGAGACCGCUCGACGACGAUGCAGCGGGACCUUCUGGAUGCGGCCCGCUCAUCAUCAAGUCGUACGUCGACAUUCCUAUGGCUGACCUCGAGAUGAUUUUCCCGGAGAAGACGGUCUCGGUCAAGCUCCAAGAAAUGAUCCAGAACGGAAUUGCCAUCGUUGUCGCCAUCGGCACUUUGCUGUGGGCGUUUGUUACCGGUGAGAUUUGGACGAAGAAGAUGCAAACGCUCCUCAUCGCGUGCGCCGGUAAGCUCGGGCAGUCGUACACCGCCAUCAACGUCGCCAGGACGCGAUACUCCGGCAUGAUGGCAAAGGAUCUUAUUCAAAAGAGCAGGAACGCACAAGAAGGGAUGUUGAUGCACCUUUUGGAAUCUAUGGAGGAUCAAGAGAUCAAGGAAAUGAUGCUCGCCUUUGUGAUUCUCACCGUCAGAGGUAAGAGCAUGACAUUGAAGGAAAUCGACAUCGAAUGCGAAGAUUUCUUGCGGAAUGUGUUCGGUGUCGAUUGUGACUUUGACAUCGAAGGUAGUAUGAUCAAGCUCCUUCGCGAGGGUCUCGUGGAACAACGCGCGGGCGUCCUGUACGCCGCGACGCCGCUCAAAACGGCGCUCGCGCUUUUGGACAACAAGUGGGACAACAUCUUCGACUACAACGUGGAUGCGGUCGACGGCGGCCGCGAAGAUGCGCUCGCAAGGUACGCCAACUUACACCCCGACACCGUCGAGGCCAGUCUCCGCGAUGCGCUCAAUUCCACCGAUAAAGAGCGCGCCAAGGUGGUGAACGACUUGAAGGCGCAAAACGACGUCCUCACCAAGGAAGUCGGCGAGCUGAGCAACAGCCUCAAAGGUUUCAAUUGGCGCUACUCGUAG